AUGAGCGGCCAUGUCGGGGACCUGAGCCCCCAGCAGCAGGAGGCCCUGGCCAGGUUCCAGGACAACCUCCAGGACCUGCUGCCCACCUUGCCCAAGGCUGAUGCCCACUUCUUCCUGCGCUGGCUGCGAGCUCAGAACUUUGACCUGAAGAAGGCGGAGGACAUGCUCCGGAAGCACAUCGAGUUCCGGAAGCAGCAGGACCUGGACCACAUCCUCACGUGGCAGCCCUCAGAGGUGGUCCAGCGCUACGACUCGGGCGGCCUGUGUGGCUACGACUACGAGGGCUGCCCCGUGUGGUUCGAUAUCAUCGGGGGCCUGGACCCCAAGGGGCUGCUCCUGUCGGCCUCCAAGCAGGAGCUGAUCCGCAAGCGCAUCAAGGUCUGCGAGCGGCUCCAGCACGAGUGCGAGCUGCAGAGCCAGAAGCUGGGCAGGAGGAUCGAGACGGUGCUGAUGGUGUUUGACUUGGAGGGGCUGAGCCUGAAACACCUGUGGAAGCCGGCGGUGGAGGUCUACCAGCAGUUUUUCGCCAUCAUCGAAGCGAAUUAUCCUGAGACACUGAAGAAAAUAAUCAUUGUUCGAGCCCCCAAGCUGUUCCCUGUGGCCUUCAACUUGGUCAAGUCGUUCAUGAGUGAGGAGACGCGACGGAAGAUCAUGAUUCUGGGAGGCAACUGGAAGCAAGAGCUGCCCAAGUUCAUCAGCCCCGACCAGCUCCCUGUGGAGUUUGGGGGGACCCUGACCGACCCUGAUGGCAACCCCAAGUGCCUGACCAAGAUCAACUACGGGGGCGAAGUGCCCAGGAGUUACUACCAGCACAGCCGGGUGCGGGUGCCCUACGAGCACACGGCCACCGUGGGCCGCGGCUCCUCGCUGCAGGUGGAGCUGGAGAUCCUGUUCCCGGGCUGCGUGCUCAGGUGGCAGUUUGAGUCGGACGGGGCGGACAUCGGCUUCGGCGUCUUCCUGAAGACCAGGCAGGGGGAGCGGCAGCGAGCUGGGGAGAUGGCCGAGGUGCUGCCCAGCCAGCGCUACAAUGCCCACCUGGUGCCCGAGGACGGCAGCCUCACCUGCCCCCAGGCCGGCGUCUACGUCCUGCGCUUCGACAACACCUACAGCUUCGUCCACACCAAGAAGGUCAGCUUCACGGUGGAGGUGCUGCUCCCGGACAAGGGCAUGCAGAAGUACGAGGAGGAGCUCACCCCCAUCUAG